UAUUGCAUUUGCAGAGCCGAGCAAGCGACGAACUCAUGGCAUUGGAUCCAAGAAUUACCGUGACGCUUCGAUGUGAGGUGGACGGCCGCUGCGUUCGGAGUGAAGAGCCCUAUCUCAUGGAUUUCGACGAGGCUGAAGGGAAUAGCAACGUCAUCCCGGGGAUCUUCAACUACAAGUUCAUCGGCACCGGUUUGGCGAACAAGCAAUACCACAUCGUGUGCACGGACAGCACCACGGAUGCCCACACGCCGCUCACGCAAGAGAACUUUGCCCGCAUCUGUCAUUCGCUCCGGAACCGCAACGACAUUCGGCUUACUGCUCGCCCGCGCGGCAAGAAGGGCGGCAAGUACGUCAAGGAUGCCAACGUCAACGAUCUACGUGACCCAACGCGCCAAAAUGACUUCGACGCUGCGAGAACGAUGCUCGGAGACGUCAACAUUGCUGCUUUGGUCCAACUCAUGGCAAACACCGACGUGACCGACAUUGACGACGAACGCUUCGUCGCCAUUCAGGCGACCAUCGUCACGAUCACCGACGGCGCCAACCGUUUGGUUACGCAGUUGGGAGCUGACAAUGCUGCUUAAAUGGAACGCUCGUACGUUCCGGAUCAACUAGGAGUUUUAGUAUUCCAGUUGUAAACGACACCAAUAUAUAAUAGUGGUCGUCAAUCAAUGUGUUAAUACUAAUAGUUGUACCGG